AUGGCCACCGAUGAGGAUUCCAGGAACAUGGCCAUUAAGGUCGUCGCCGGCCUGUUCAUGUCCAUAGCGGCCGUGACUGUCAUACUGCGAUGCUAUGUCCGCGGCUUUUUAGUAAAAGCCUUUGGAUGGGACGAUGGCGCGAUGGUGAUGGCGAUGGCCUGGUACGCAAUGUUCUGCGGAUCUAUGAUUGGAGCUGGAAUCCAUGGAAAUGGCCGACACUGGUAUAAUGUGUCAACGGAAGACCGAGUAAUUGCCAUGAAGUACUGGUGGCUCUGCGAGAUUGGAUUCUGUUUCGCAUCAAUCUUCUGCAAGAUCUCAAUUUGUAUCUUCUUGAUGCGUAUCUGUAUCAACAAGACGCACAUCUUGCUUCUCUAUUGCGUCAUGGCUCUGACUGUCCUAGCUGGACUGGUUUUCAUGUUCCUCAUGCUCUUGCAGUGCAAGCCACUCUCCUUCUUCUGGACUCGUCUGGCUUACCACCCCGUUCGGAACAUCCCAGGAGAAGGCUCCUGUAUCGACAUGGAAAUCAUUAUCGCCAUGACAUACGUUUACAGUGCUUUUGCCGCGAUGUGCGACUUUACCGUCGGAAUUCUCCCAAUCUUCGUCGUCCAUAACCUGCAAAUGAAGAAGCAGACAAAGUUGGCUGUCAUUGGCAUUCUGAGUAUGGCUUGCAUUGCAUCCUCCGCCGUGAUUGUCCGCAUUCCAUUUGUCAAAACAUUCGACGAUUUGAACGACUUCUUGUAUGCCACCGUCCAAAUCGCCUACUGGUCCAAUCUCGAGGCUGGCCUCGGUAUUACAGCCGGCUGUCUCGCAACUCUCCGCCCUCUCCUUCGCCACUGGUUUGGCUCUCGCGCAGAUCCCUCCUACUCCGCCGGAUUCCCCAAAGAUACAUAUGGACGUCGUACUGGUGCGAGUCAAAGCCGACCUAUGCCUCUGAGCUCCAUGAACGGAACCGAACGAGGCGAUUUAAGACCCGAUAAGCUGGCUGUCAUGGUCACGAACAUUGAGAGCCAUCGAGACCUCGAGAACUCAUGGCCUCAGCCAGGCAGUCCAAGCAGCAGCGAAGAAAGGCUGACUAUCCAACCACCACUUCCCGGAAGAAUGGAGGUGGGUGUCCAUCAGACAUUCGAGGUCACCAGAACCGCAGCGGAUACUGAUUUCGGGGACGUGGCUCAAUGGACUGCCCGAGAGCAUGUAUAA